CAGAUACUUGUGUGUGUUUGCACAGAUCCGUGUGUAUUUUUGUACGAACACGCUUGUGUGUGUGUGUUUGUACAGAUUUCUGGUGUGUGUUUGCACAAUUCCGUGUGGUUUUGAACGUCUACGUGUGUAUGUUUGAGUGUAUGUGUGUGCAGAUCCGUGUGUUUGUACAGAUCCAUAUGUGUUUUUGUACAAACGCGCGUGUGUGUACACACAGAUUUCUGCGUGUGUUUUUGUACAGAUCCGUGUGUGUUUGUUUGUGCAGAUCCGUGUGUGUGUUGCAAGGCACAGAUCUCACGCGUGUGGGUGCCUGCGCUAAACUGGCACCUAUCGGAGAACUCGCCUGACUUUAUCACUCCGAAUUUGCUGAGGACUUUCGAAUGCUGGGCAGGAAUCCGGGUGGGGGAUGGGGUGUCCACACAGUGAUUUUGUUGGUUUUAAUCCACACAGAACCCCCAUCUCCACCCCCGCCCGCCUCUCACAAGCCCUCGCUCGUUGGCCGGGGUUGCAACCUGCCUCUGCUGCACGAAACACCUGCGGAGCUAGGGCCGGCGAAGGACUGGGACAACGCCUCUCUCCUGGCCCCGAGCCGGGGCAGGAACGCUCCACUUUCCCGGGGGAAGGAGCAGGCUGCUCCGAGCUCCCCAACCUGCCUGGACCCGGCCCGUUCGCCGGGUCACGCCGCCAGACAGGCAGGCUGCGGAUCCACAAAGGGUGGGGGACUCACUCCAGCUGGGAACCGGCCUGUCCAGCUCCCCCCGAGCGCUUCGUGUUUUCGCUAGCCCGGGGUCAGGCUCUGAACAAGCGCAGCGCUGGGGCGGGUGGCAGAGGGUCGGCGGGGACUGAGAUGAAUUUCCCACCAGAUAGAAGAGAGACAGAGGGGCAGACAAACAGCUUCAUUAGCAGGGCGGGGGGAGGAAAGUGGCGCAAACCCAAAUGCCUCGGUGCCCCUGGAGAAGGAGGGUGGGAAAUCAUGACCCGGUGGCGCUGAGACGCGAGGAGAAUUCUUGACAACCCGAGCGCGGCGGAGGAGAAAGGUGCCCCCGCGGGGAGCGAACUGGGCGCACGGACAGCUGGCGGAGGCAGCUGCGCUGAAGUUGCCCGUUUAUUUUCAGUCGCGCCCUGACCAGCGCUCAUUCGUGAGUUUCCAAAGGGCGCAGAGGGAGCCGGGCGAGCAGGAUCGAUUGAUUUCCGAGGCGGCCGCUGGGAACUGCGCUGCUCUUACGAGACAGAAAUUAACACCUUGCUCGGGCUAAUAAAAUUAAACCUUAGAGCAACACAAACGUUUCCUUUAAACCUCGAGUCACCUCCACCCCGGCGUCUUCCCUCCCCUCCCCCCGGCCCAGCCUCCUCUCAGCCGUCUGAAAUCGGUCUCUGCUCCCCUCCCCCACCAGCCCGCGGGAGAUUGCGGACACCAGUGGACUCGAGAAAAAACAACAAGAGAUGCAAAGCAGUUUUGCAGCCUGCUUGGAAGCCGCAAGGGUUGGGAUUCACCGGCGCCCGCCGCAAAACCCGGGGCUGGUUCUUGAACGGGGAGGACUUUGUCGGUGAGUCUGGGCUCCGCACAGAGCGUGUAAGAACGGAACAAAACCGCAAGAUCCGGAUCCCAGGGCAAGCUGCGCAGAAAGGCGCCGCGAGCCUGCAAAGCCGCGCAGGAGACAACCCAGUGGUUCCAAAUCCAGAUGAGAGGAAGAGUUAAUGAGGCGUCUGGAGUUACAGUCCCUGCUGCCUUUGGCUUGCUAGGGAUCUUCCUUCUGCUGCCUCCUCUGUGCCCCCCCGAAAAAGAGACCAAAAGCGGGGGGUUUAGAAAGCACUAAGAAAAACGCUAAAAGCAAACUGCCUUUUGGCCAAACGGAUUCUCUCUCUCCGCGUAUGUGUGUGGAUGGGUGUGUGAUGUGGUUUUAAUCCAGAUUCCGUUCAGUGUAAACGAAUCUCUCCGGCUGAGAGACAAAUCCACACCGAUUUAAAAAAAGAUUCUCUCCCUGAAUGUCGUGAUUGUUUAACCAAAAAAACAAAAACCACAACCAGAAAGAGACACCAAAGUCUCCCCGUCCAUGAACUCGAAGGGAAGCGGCUCUGUCUCUUUAACGCGCGCGCCCGGCGCGUCCUGCGCGCGCCCGGCGCUAUAACUGGCGUGCAUGGAGUUGGUCUGGGCUCAGAGGGAGACGGAGUGGGAGAUGGGAGCCAUCUGAAAUACUUGGAAACGGAGCGAUUUGGGUAAUUUAAAGGAACAAAGCCACCCGCUUAGCUCUCCCCCGCUGGAUCUGGGAUUUUCCUCCAUGGAGCUGCGGAGCUGCGCCCGAUUUUAAAGGAUUGCGACCGGGGGUUUCUUUUAUCCCGCCGCCUCUCUACUUUGGCACCGUCCUGCAGGGUCCCCCCCCCCCCUGCACAGAUGUUAGUUCACACUUAUUCCGCCAUGGACCGUCCCGAUGGGCUGAACGGGGCCUCCACCGGCGGCCGCCUUUCCCAGCUCUCCUCCCUGAACCAGGCGGCUUACUCCUCGGCCCCGCCGCUCUGCCACACGCCGGCCUCGGACUUCCAGCCCCCCUACUUCCCGCCGCCCUACCCGCAGCCCCCCAUGGCCUACUCGCAGAGCCAGGAGGCCGGCUACCCGCACCUGGGGGAUCCCUACAGCACCAUCAACCCCAUCCACCAGCACCAGCAAGCCGGCUGGCACUCGCAGCGGGCCCGGCAGGAGGAAGCCGGACUGCUCUCGCAGACUCACCGGGCGCUGAGCCUGGAUCCCCGCCGGGAAUACCCGGGGGUCCCCCGCCUGCUGCACGGGCUGGCCGAUGGGGGCCACGGGCUCGGAGACGGGCCGCUGGGCCUCCACGGACUCGGACAUCCCAGCCUCGAGGACAUCCAGGCGGUGGAUGAGGCGGGGCUGAAUUUACUGGAUCAGUCGGUGAUCAAGAAAGGAAUGUGCCAAGGGAUAAAUAUUAACCAUCCUGGGAAUGUGAAAGAAAGCCCUGACGUCGCUGCUGUCUGGAAGCAGCUCUGCUUUCCUAGCCCAUACGUGCCCCUCCCCUCAAAGGCAAACGGCACCACCAUCUCUGCCUUGUCGAUGAACAAAGACAGUCUGAUCGGAGGGGUGACAAAUCCCAACGAGGUCUUCUGCUCCGUGCCUGGCCGGCUCUCCCUUCUGAGCUCCACCUCUAAGUACAAAGUGACCGUCGGGGAAGUGCAGAGGAGGCUUUCCCCACCAGAGUGUCUCAAUGCUUCUCUUCUUGGGGGAGUCCUCAGGAGGGCAAAAUCAAAAAAUGGUGGAAGGUGUUUAAGGGAAAGAUUAGAGAAAAUAGGCUUAAAUCUACCUGCAGGAAGGCGUAAAGCUGCCAAUGUCACUUUGCUAACGUCACUGGUGGAAGGCGAAGCGGUUCACCUCGCCCGGGAUUUCGGCUAUGUGUGUGAAACAGAAUUCCCAGCGAAGGCAGCAGCAGAAUACCUGUGCCGUCAGCACUCUGAUCCCAGCGAGCUCCACACCCGGAAAAACAUGCUUCUGGCUACCAAGCAAAUUUGUAAAGAGUUUGCAGACUUGAUGGCCCAGGAUCGUUCUCCGCUUGGGAACAGCCGCCCAUCUCUCAUCUUAGAACCAGGUGUCCAGAGCUGCUUGACUCAUUUCAGCCUGAUAACCCACGGCUUCGGAGGCCCAGCCAUCUGUGCAGCACUCACAGCCUUCCAGAACUACCUGGUGGAGUCCCUCAAGGGGUUGGAUAAAAUGUUCAUGAACAGCACAGGGAACGGGCAUGCGGCUGGAGACUCCAAAGUGUCAGAGAAAGAAGUGAAGCAUCGGAAAUAACAUGCUGUCUGUCUCCCUCUCCCUCUCCACUGGAGGGAGCUCUUCCCAGCUCAUGAUAGGAGAUCUGAUCUUACUGGUGUUGGAAAAAAAAAUAUUAAGACCCAGUGCAAGAUGUUUCCCGAACUACAAUAUUUGAACUUGGGACGCAACUUUUAAAGCAAACAAAUAAGAGGACUUAAAAUUUAAGAAGAACUUUAAUGGACAUCACUGAGAUCGAGAGAAUAAGACAGGUUGAUGGCUUUUGUUUAUUUUAAUUGUGGAUGCAGGAAGCCAAGUCAUGUGCAAUUUUAUUUUAUUUUGUUUUCUUAACCCACAACAAAAUACUGACGUGCUCCAGGAGUCCGUUCAACUCGAAGAACUGAAAAAUCAGCAGAGAGGAAAGGCCUCAGCCACUCGAGAUCUUUUUGAAACCGAGGCAGAAAUCAGAUGGGGCAUCUUUUUGGGUUGCAGGCCAGAUCUGGAUGUAUAACCUGCCUUCAACAGGCAGAGAGGGAAUCUUCCAAGGAUACCACCUAAACAACAGUCCUACACCCCAGACAAGAGGAAUAUCUCCAGCCUUGCUGCCUUGAUUUUCAAGUGGUUUCAAGACUUUGUUUACAGUUUGCAACAAACUGACACUCACUACGGAUUUUCUGCGGGGCCUAUGGAACCCUGAGCCAUGUCAUGAGAACAAUCUGACACUCGGACGUCUUUCCAAGAUGGGAAUUGAUCAGUGAGAGCCUUCUGGAAUGUUGCAUUCAAGCCAAGGGGGUCGAGUAGUUUAAGUUACACCUGGGACUAAAUAAAACUCCAUGACCUACGAAUAACAGCACACAAGUUUCUAAAAUUAAUAAUAAUAAUAAUGAAUAAAGCACAAGGAGCAGAACUUGAACCAGGCCAAAUUGACUGAACUGAACUGUUCUAAAUCUGUACAUAUUUAUUUAUGUGUAAUUAAAUCUGAAAGUUUUAAAAUGUCCAGUGCAAGUUAUUUAUAUCUAAUUGAGUUUGGGAUUUUUUUGUUUUGAAAGAGGAAAAUCUCUGGAUUUUCUGCCAUUAGAAAUGGGAAUGAAAUUUUGGAGUCACAAAACUGUAGCAUGGACAACAGGCUGUGAUGCUAAUGACUAUAGAAGUUCUGCAGGGUUUUGUACUUGCUGUCGUUUCUCUUAAAGCUGCAAUCGAUGUACAACACACCACACCACAGUGUCAUUCUCAUUAUCUUAAUAAACCUCUUUUUAUUUGAA